UGUAGUGGGCGUGUCCCAUUUCGCAGGCUUAAGUCUGAUUGGCCGAGGGUUCAGCUCAGCGGCUGUGAUUGGCUGCUUGUCGGUUGCCAUGCUGCAUACCGCGCUUGCGCAGCAGUUGUCGGUUUGCGCGGCUGGUUGUAUGCUCGGAGACUUUCAUGUCGACUACGCACAGACCUGGGGAUGGCAGCGGCUAUUAUCCGAGCGGGGACGUGCUGGCCCGGCAGCAUGAGGGGGAGGCCGCCGCCGGCUCGGGCUGGAGCUCGGGAUAUUACCCUCAGGAGGCUGCGAGGAACUGGGCCGGAGGCGGAGAGAUGGGAGGAGCUGCCGGAGCCCAGAAUUCUCCGUAUCCCGGAUACGAUCCCAGCGACUGGUCCUGUGCAGGUCAGCCCCGUCCUCCCUAUCCCCCUACUUAUACAGUCAGUGGUCAGGGGAUGGAGCACUAUACCAAUGGUUCAUACGGACAACAAUAUAACCAGUCUACAAUGAACCCACCUUACCCUGGUCUCCACCCAGCAAACCCCUACUACCCACCCCCCUCACAGCCCCACUAUCCUGUCGAUCCCUAUAAGCCAGCCAUGCAUCAAGGGGCCCCACCACAGGCCCCUUCUCAUUGGGGAUACCCCCAGCAAGGGUGUCAUAACAUUCCUCAGCAGCGGCCACCGUUUCCUCAGUACCCGCCCCCAGGUCCUAGAGAUGACAGCUGGAAUAUGUAUGGAGCUCCUAACCACUACCAGUGGCACUCUUCACCACCGCAAAACCCAAACGGCCCACAGUAUAUGCCUGGAGGAAGACCACCCUGGCCAGGAGGAGAUGUCCAGUCACCAGUAUAUGAUGUAAAGGAUUCACCUCAAAAUCCUGGUUACAACCAUCAGAGACCUUACCCGGGCUACCCCUCAGAUAUCCCUCCAUGUCCACCUUCUGAACCCAAGCCAAGCCUCCCGCCACCCAACCCUCAUUACAGCGCUUCUCCCCAGAUGUAUAACAGGAAGGAGCCCUCCAAUCCAGAACCCCCUCCUAGGUCCAAAGAAGCCAACAAUGCCCCAGCCGAUCCUUCGGGUGCGGCACAUCCGGGAAUAUUAAAGAUCAACCAGGUCUUGGAUAGGGUGGUGGAUCUGGAAAGAGAAGUGGAUGAGUUUGUAGGGAGAAAGACGGACAUGAGUUAUCGGUGCUUAGAAGAGCUGUUGACCAAGGAAUUACUAGAGCUAGAUUCGGUAGAAACUGGUGGCCAAGACGGUGUUCGGCAAUCACGGAAGGAAGCCGUGAAAAAACUGCAGUCUAUUUUGGAGAGGCUUGAGAAGAAGGGGCUGUGAUGCCUUCAAGAGAAACCUCUUAAGGGAAACCAGCAAUGGCAUCAACCAAUUGGAUCUCAAGAGUUCUUGGAGAACAUGUAGCCAGUCAAAGAUCUGAAGAAGCGAAGAUCUGAUCAAAGGAAGCAGAAUAUUCAAACCAGGUGGAGAAAUAGGAAAAAAAAACGGGGCUUCUCUUUUUUUUUUUUUUUUUUUUUUUUUUUUUUGAACUGUGAUUUCAAGGGAUACUUUGCCACUUAAUGAACAUGGCUAACAGAUAGGCCGCCAUUUUUUUGAGUCACCUUGAGGAAGAUAUAGAAAUGUUUAUUUCCAAAAGGUUUUCAAUGAAAAAAAAAGUUUUACGUGAAUCAGGAGUUUACUGUGAAGCUUACGUUUAAUUUUUAAGUAAAUCAAGCCAUUUGUGAAUAAACAGGUUUUAAUUAUUUGAAGCCAUUUCAAGAUGUACGCUGGUGGUGGCACGGACCAUGGAGCAGAAUUAGGACAUUUACGUUCAUGGUUCUUGUGAUUCUGACAUUUAAAACCGGGACAGCCCUGUGACCCUGUGCUUUGCUUUGGCCAUAAAAGCUUGUGUCCAUUUUGUUUUUAAAUGAAUGACGUACAAUGCUCAUGGGAAAAAAAAAAACACAAAAAAAAACAACUUUACUUCUCCUGUGUGAUGGGUUUAUCAGUCUCGUUGAGAUUGGGGAUAAAAAAAGACUAUUUUGAGGAAGACGGGACAUAUUUGGAACCUGAACAGAUGCCAAAAACCUUUCCAUGGCAUUGGUUACUGUUGUAGGAAUAUAUUUGAGAUCUUGGCCGUAAACAGACCAUAGACAUGAGAGAUAUUUAUUGGAAAGUUGAGCCACUUCUGGUGUGAUUGGAUCUAGCAAGCUGUUUAUUGCACUCCUUCCUCCUCUGGAACCUAAAACAAUAGUUUCUUUGGAUACCGCGGAUGUAAAUGUUCAAACCUGUUCAGAUAAUUCUUACUGUGUUUUCAUGUUCUGCUUAAAGAAAAAGAAAAAAAAAAAUCUCCACCGGAACCUACAACAAUCUGAUUUUAUAGGGCAGUAAGAGAUAGAUGUGAGAUUUCCAAUGGAAGUGCCGCUUGACACACACACAGGGAGAUUUAUCAAAACCUGUCCAGAGGAAAAAGUAGCUGAGUUGCCCAUAGCAACCAAUCAGAUCGCUUCUUUCAUUUUUCAGGGGCUUUUUCAAAAAUGAAAGAAGCGAUCUGAUUGGUUGCUAUGGACAACUCAUCCACUUUUCCUCUGGACAGGUUUUGAUAAAUCUCCCCAAAGUGCGCCUCAUUUGUAGAAACUGCCUUACUGUAAAGUUGUCUUUGUUGCCCUUAGCAACCAGUCAGAACAGUUUAAAAAAAAAAAAAAAAAGAAAUUGGUUGUUAUUGGCAACAAGGGGAGUUUUAGUGUUAGGAGAGCAUGUUACUUUGGUUGUUAGGCAUCGUGGGGGAGAUUUAUCAAAACCUGUGUAGAGGAAGAGGGGUGCAGUUGCCCAUAGCAACCAAUCAGAUUGCUUUCGCUUUUCAGAGGCCCUUUUAAAAAUGAAAAGGGAUCUGGUUGCUAUGGGCAACUACACCACUUUUCCUCUACACAGGUUUUGCUAAAUCUCCCCCCCCCCCCCCCUCCCUCUGUAUCUCUAGAAACCAUACUAUAAGCCAUUGUCUCCCAACCAGGGUGCCUCCAGCUGUUGCAAAGCUACAACUCCCAGCAUGCCAGGACAGCCAACCAGGGUGCCUCCAGCUGUUGCAAAGCUACAACUCCUAGCAGGCCAGGAUAGCCAACCAGGGUGCCUCCAGCUGUUCCAAAGCUACAACUCCCAGCAUGCCAGGACAGCCAACCAGGGUGCCUCCAGCUGUUGCAAAACUACAACUCCCAGCAUGCCAGGACAGCCAACCAGGGUGCCCCCAGCUGUUGCAAAACUACAACUCCCAGCAUGCCCGGACAGCCUUCGGCUGUCCGGGCAUGCUGGGGGUUGUAGUUCUGCAACAGUUGGAGGCACCCUGUUUGGGAGACACUGCUAUAAGCUAUGACAAAACAAGAGGGCGACUAUGCUCGGUUCACUAAGAGAAGUGAUUUGUCAGAAAGGAAAGAAGGGUAUUCUCCAUCUCGGGCUGCUUUAUUAAUCAGAUUUUUCUAGUAAAUUCAGGUGGACGACCGCUUUACGAAGAAAUGUACAUGUUGAUGAUCUAACGUGUGUUUUGAGAGGGUUCUAUUCAAGGGAUAACUCCACCACGUGGGUUGAAAUAAUAUAUUAGGAGUCUAUUGACAAGUAUGUAGGAAGUUCUUUUUGCAAUGUGGUAUUUGUGGAUAACAGCUGAGGAUCUGACGUUGUGUUCUGAUAGAUAUUCAUACCGCUCAGGGCUUCAAUACAAAGCUCCCAAUCCUCUGCUUUAGGCGUAGAGUUUAAAGGUGUAGUCCAGUGUUAUACGUCUUAUCCUUUGGGUUCCACCGCUGGGGACCGCCGCAAUCUCGGUGCAGGCCCUGGCAUCCUGUGCCAGGUGCUGCUUCCGAGACAGGGAUGUAACAUCAUGAACACGCCCCUAGUGAUGUCACGUCACACCACUUCCAUUCAUGUUUAUGGGAGGGGGCGUGAUGGCCCUGCGAUCUCUGUGCAGCUCCUGGCAUCCUGUGCCGGGUGCUGCCUCAGAGACAGGAUGUGAUGUCAUGGACACGCCCCUAGUGAUGUCACACCACACCCCUUCCAUUCAUGUCCAUAUGACUGUCACGCCCCCUUCCAUAGACCUAAAUGGAGGGGGUGUGGCCAUGACGUCACACCCCCAUCUAGGAGGCAGUGCCCCGGGGGGGGGGGGGGGGCCUGGUCUUGCCCCUUGAAGCGAUCAUUACCGUACUGUACUGCAUUGCGUUUGCUUUAGGAGAAGUUAAAGGGACACGUUUAGUGAAGAGGCUGCCCAUAUACUGCUUUAGCUUCACUGGAACUAAUGACGACGUAGUCAUAGCUGCAGUUUUGUGGACGUAGCAUAAGGAGAUAAGGGUGACAACCUACUAUUUGUAAGAAUAUUAAUGGUAAAACUGGGCAAUGAAUGCAAUUACAGAUGCUAAUGUUUCCACAAGUCUUGUGCAAUAUAAGAUCGUUUGAAGCUCUGUAUAGAAACCAAGGCUGGGUUUACACAUAGGAGUUUAGGCCAAAACAGGGAAGUGCACUAAUACAGAUCUAACUAUGGCUCCUGUGGCCCCUUGUACACAAUAGUGGAGCUGUGUAAUGUACUCCACUGAAAAACAUUAUUUUUUUAAUUCUUUAAAUCAACUGGUGCCAGAACGUUAACACAGAUUUGUAAAUUACUUCUAUUAAAAAAUCUUAAUCCUUCCAGUACUUAUGAUGAGCUGCUGUAUACUACAGAGGAAGUUCUUUUCUUUUUGAAUUUCCUUUCUGUCUGACCACAGUGCUCUCUGCUGACACCUCUGUCCAUGUCAGAAACUGUCCAGAGCAGGAGCAAAUCCCUAUUGCAAACCUAUGCUGCUCGGGAAAGUUCUUCUAAAAGUAGAAAAGAAGGCGCUCCAUAGGGUAAUACCACCGGAGAUAGGGGGGAGGGGAGAGUGAAGUCUAAUUAUAACUGCUUACCCUGGAUGGUUGUGUAGCAGCAUGCACAACAAUGGGAAACGCUUGGAUACAACGGUCCGUCUGCAGCCCUCCUGAUGUGGAUUCCACAACGUAUGCAUACAAGAGAAGGCUUCAAUAAUUAAAGCCGGAGUACAUCGG